AGAAUAAGCUUGGAUACCCACUCGGACCUUGGAGGGUCACAUUUACCCAAAACUUGUUUUCAAAUGGGCCCCGUCGCCUAGCGUUUGCUCCCCCAGCCACGCCGACUGAGUUGAAUUGGGUGCUUCUGAACAUCCAGCCCGUCUGGGUCACUAAAAGGUUUCCAUCAAGCACAGUGAACAGCGACCAACAACAGUAGAAUGGCAGCCAUUCCAGCAGGCGGUUCUCUCGUGGCGACCACUGACUACUACCGAAGGCGCAUUGGCUCUACGUCCAGCAGCAGCUCAUGUGGCAGUUCGGAGUACAGCGGAGAGGUCAUCCCUCACCAUCCAGGACUCCCCAAGCAGGACUCUGGCCACUGGUGGUCCAGUUUCUUCUUUGGGAAGCAGCCAGGGAUGACCCCACUGACUGAGGAGAAGGUGGGGGUCCCAGGUGCGGUGACGAACGGUCAGAUCACCUGUGUUGCCAGGGAGAUGGUGAUGCAACGCCAGGUGAGCGAGAGCAGCGAGGCAGGAAGCCCCACCUCCUCCUAAUCCAGCAGCCUCACUUUGCUCCACGCCGCACCUCGGGGGGAAUCAAACCAACGACCAACGCUAGGUGACGGGAGGACGUCCCGUUUACAACCUCACUAGUUUUUUUUAUAUUAUUCAUCGUAGUACAGGCUGCCUUACUUGUUUCUGUUUUGGUAACCUUGUGUUUUUUUUAUUGACAAAAAAAAAAAAAAAAGAAUUAAAAAAAGAGAAAAAAAACCAAGACGAUGGUGAAACUGAUGAGCUCCUUUUAUUUGUGUUUUUAUAAACAUUUGUACUGUUCUGUGUUAGUAAAACUGUGGUGCAAAGACACAUCCACAUGCCUUUGUUAAACAUUUUACACUUUUGUCACCCUGUGAUUGCACAUGCAAUAAAAGUAGACUCUUGCAGCCUAAA